AACAGACACGCGCUAGAGCUUGGACAUAACAGACGCUACGGUCGCCCGCUCGUUCGCUCGCUCCGUUUAGACGCAGGCAUAAAAAAAGAAUUUUUCUGAUUCAGAGCAGCCAUCUUGGCCAAGAUAAAUUUUGUGUGUGCUACAGUGCGCCCAAAGUGAAAAAUCUAGCGCUUCGAUUUUCUUUCCGUAAAAGAAAAUUCAUAAACGUUUGUCGAUUUAAGUGUAUUAUUGUUGAAGUGUAAAAAAGUAUUACGAAAAGCCAUGGGUGAUUAUCAUCACGAUUCACUCGGUGCGGGCCAGCUAGAGUUGGGUGGUAAUCCGGGCCUGGUGUUGCGGCGUGCUUUCGAUCCGACAGCCCACGACUUGGAGGCUUCUUUCCGGCUGACUAGAUUUGCCGAUCUGAAAGGUCGCGGCUGUAAAGUUCCGAAAGAUGUGCUGGAGAAAUUGGUCUCGUCUCUGCAGCAGGACUACACCCAGGACCCGGAAGCGCAGUACUUGUCGAUGUCAUCUCCACGCAUAGGUAUUGGAUUAGAUUGUUCGGUUAUUCCGCUUCGUCAUGGUGGUCUCUGUAUGGUGCAAACGACGGACUUUUUCUAUCCGAUCGUGGACGAUCCGUACAUGAUGGGCAAGAUUGCCUGUGCCAAUGUUUUGAGCGAUCUGUAUGCCAUGGGAGUUACUGAGUGCGAUAAUAUGCUAAUGCUGCUGGCGGUCAGCACCAAGAUGACUGAGAAGGAACGCGAUGUUGUCAUACCGCUUAUCAUGAGAGGAUUUAAGGACUCUGCGUUGGAAGCUGGCACUUCCGUCACCGGAGGCCAAAGUGUGGUCAAUCCAUGGUGCACAAUCGGAGGAGUGGCCACGACCAUUUGCCAGCAAAAUGAAUUUAUCGUGCCAGACAAUGCGGUCGUCGGAGAUGUGCUGGUGCUAACCAAAGCCCUUGGCACUCAAGUGGCAGUUAACGCACAUCAAUGGCUCGAUCAAUCGGAACGCUGGAAUCGGAUCAAGUUGGUUGUUUCGGAGGAAGAUGUCCGUAAGGCAUAUCAUCGAGCAAUGGAUUCAAUGUCCAGGUUAAAUCGCAUUGCCGCCCGUCUAAUGCACAAAUAUAACGCCCAUGGAUCAACUGAUGUCACAGGAUUUGGACUUCUUGGCCACGCUCAGACAUUGGCGUCACAUCAAAAGAAUGAGGUUUCUUUUGUGAUUCACAAUUUGCCGGUAAUUGCUAAAAUGGCUGCAGUUGCCAAAGCGUGUGGAAACAUGUUCCAGCUACUGCAAGGCCAUUCUGCCGAAACCUCCGGUGGAUUACUGAUCUGUUUGCCUCGCGAACAAGCUGCUGCUUACUGCAAGGAUAUUGAAAAGCAAGAAGGAUGUCAGGCUUGGAUUAUUGGCAUUGUUGAGAAGGGCAAUCGCACCGCUCGUAUCAUCGACAAACCACGAGUUAUCGAAGUACCGGCGAAAGAAUAAGCAGUCACAUUCUUAACUUUUUUUUUAUCAAUAAGCUGAUAAGCAUUUCUAAUCUGAUCAUUUCAAAAGGUACGACACAUUUCCAAAAAAUGCGAUCUAUCACUAAUAUUUUUCAUAAAUAGAAGAAGUUCGAUGAGAGAUUCUUUCUUGUAAUCUAGCACAGGAAGAUUGCUAACCCGUUCUGCUGCUGGCAUGGUAAUGAGAAAACGGAUGUGUUAUAAAUACUAGAUAUAAGAAGUUUUACUAAUUUCCCAUUCUAUAUUUCAACUCAGUUCACGCAUCGAUAUUGAGUUGAUUAGAUUUUACUGUACGAAGAAAAACAAGACCGGAAUGAAACAAUGCGGGAUAAGACAUUUUUCGUUUUAUGAAAAAGCUUUCAAAUUUAUGCAAGAUACAGUUAAGAUAUUCACACAAAAUUAUAGAAGAUGAGAAUAAACUCAAUAAAUCGAAGAAAGUGUUUUUAAUGAAAGUUAAUGACAA